GCGAUCUUCACUCGCCCCGGGGCGCCUCUGGGACCUGGCCUUGCGCUCGAGGUUGACGCCAGUACCUCCGCAGCAGAGAAGGACGACUUCUGCAACAGGCUUCGAUUUCUGGAAGUCUUCAUUCUGGUUGCGAUUCGAGUGAAUCAAAGUCCUGUUUUGACUUCCAGAGUACAAGAUGCCAAGAGGGACUUGUCCCGAGGGCUGGCCUUCUCGAAACGAGGCAGUGGGAGUGGGAUUGGUUUGACGGGAAGCUCGGGUGAGUUGGAGGGGGGGCCCAAGGUCUCUAUACUUGCUGGAGUCCCACGCAUGAACAUGACCGACGCGCGUGACAAGUGGGAGUCAACGGUGCGACGGCUUAGUGCAGUGUUGAUUGGAGCUGGGCAAGGGUCCUCGUCCUCUGUGGAGGAUCGGAGGAAGGAGCCGGAACCUCCGUCUCCCCUUGCGAAUCUCGAGAAGCUCUUUGCACAACAUCUUCCCUAG